AUGGCAACAAAGGAGAAGCAGCACAAACUAAGAGAGGAUCAUGAAGCUAAACGGCUGCAGUUGGACCCUAGACAUGAAUAUAUUUUUGAUGUGGUGUCAACCUGUGUCCCUCUGGAGAGGUAUGAUAUUGAAGAUGCAGUAUUGGAAGGCACUCAACUGGAACAGAUUGAUAAUUUUUUCAUUGUUGAUGGCAGACAAAGUCUUUUGUUCUUCUACCAAGAAGUGGAUAAUCCACCACCAGUUGCUCUUGAGCCAUGUGGUCCCAUGCUAGGAUUUACAAGUUGCAAAGUGAAGAAGCUAUUUCUUACUGAUGGGAAACAUGCUGGUUUGACUGGAGUUUGUAUUGCUUUUCUUCGAGCAAGUACCAGCAGAGCUAUCACAUAUGAAAACAUAUACAGGGAAGUAAGCUUUAAUGUUUUGGAUGCUGAAGGGCUUGGGCUCCUGAAGUCAGUUGAACAUCUGUUAGGUGAUGCAUUUAUACCCACGCUGAAAAAUAUGAACCAAGGAUGGGGACUGCUGAGUAAGCCUGAAUCUACAAUGGUCAGGCAGGGAUUUCUUAAUUCCUUGGAUGGGUUUGUCAGUGUCCUUUCUACAGCACAACACAAUCUAGCCAAGGAGGUACGAUUAGAACGAUGUGUAUCAGAAGAGCUGAGAAAUUUGAAAUGGCCAUUAGAGUUUGGGCUGGUACCUCCUGAAAUGUUGAAGCAAGCUGAAAAAUGUCUGAAAAUUUGGAUCAAGCAAAUUGAACAGAUGCUGACUGAGAGCGAGCAGGUGCAGAAGGAAGCAGAUGACGCUGGGCCACGGCUGGAGCUGGAACACUGGAAAAACUGCCUGACCCGAUUCAAUUGUUUGACUCAGGAGAUCCAGCGAGCAGAUGUCAAAACCAUUCUUGGCAUCAUCACAGCUGCUAAGUCAAAGCUGUUGAAGACAUGGAAAGAAAUGGAUAAACGGAUUACAAAUGUGUCUAAUGAAGCCAAAGAUAAUGUGAAAUAUCUCUACACACUGGAGCGAUUUUGUGACCCUCUUUACAACAAUGACCCUAUAGAAAUGCUCAAUGUCCUUCCAGGACUCCUGAAUGCUGUUAGAAUGAUACAUGCAAUUUCCAUGUACUACAACACAUCUGAAAAAAUGACUUCACUGUUUACCAAGAUCACAAACCAGAUGAUAACUGCAUGUAAGGCAUACAUUACCAAUGACGGAACUGUUACAAUAUGGGAUUUGUCUCCAAGCACAAUAGUUCGCAAGUUGUUGGCCUGUAUUAGGCUUAACCAGGAAUACCAGUACUGUUAUAGUGCUACCAAGCAAAAGAUGAAGGAACAUCAGAAGGAAAAGCCCUUUGAAUUCAGUGAAAUCUGCACUUUUGGAAAGUUUAAUGCAUUUGAGAGGCGGCUAAGAAAGAUUAUUAAGAUGAUUGAGACAAUUAAAGUAUAUUCCAGCCUGGAAGAAUCCACUAUUGAGGGAAUUGAAAAGAUAACAAGCAAAUAUCAGGUAAUUGUAUCUGCAAUGAGAAAACAAGAUUACAAUCUGCUUGACCAUAAAAAGACUACCUUUGAUAUGGAUUAUGAGAAUUUCACCACACAAAUCAAUGAUUUGCAGGCUGAAAUCACACAGUUUAUGAACAUGACUUUUGACAGCAUCUCAAGUACUCCAAGGGCCUUGUCACUGUUAGAGAAGUUUGAGACGCUUGGAAUACCAGAACUAAGAAUUGACAAACAAUUUCAGAAAAUUCUCCAUAGCUACAAUAAAGAUAUCAACCAGGUGUCCCAAAUUUAUACAAAGGAAAGCACUGACCCUCCAAUUCCACGCAACUUUCCUCCAGUAGCUGGGAAAAUCAUGUGGGCUCGCCAGCUCUUCAGACAUAUUCAGGAGCCCAUGUUGUUGCUUGAGAAGAGGCCUUGUAUCCUGCAGAACGAAAAUGCAAAGAGGAUCAUUCGCAGCUACAACAAAGUGGCCAGGAUUUUGUUGGAAUAUGAAGUGCUUUAUCACAGAGCUUGGAUGCAACAGAUUGAUACUGUCCAGUUUGGUCUUCAAGCAUCUUUACUGGUUAAACAUCCUGACACUGGAGAGAUGUUUGUGAACUUUGACCCUGAUCUUUCAGUCCUGAUGAGAGAAGCAGAAUGCAUGGUUCGAAUGGGUUUGGAGAUUCCCAGCAAUGCAAAAGCACUUCUGCAAAAGCAGGCUAUGUUGAAAAAGAUGUACAAUAAGCUGCAGCUAUUAUUAGAAGAAAACACCAGAGUACGUGGAAGAAUUAAGCCAGUUUAUGAAACCCUUAUAGCACCACGUGUGCAUGAGAUUGAUGAAACUUUUCAGCCAGGUCUUGUAACACUAAACUGGACAUCAUUAACCAAUGACCAUUUUGUGGAUAAGGUGUUUAAGAAAUUAGGGGAAAUUGAUUUGCUGAUUCACAGAAUCAACGACCUUAUGGAAUAUCGUAUAGAGCGGAUUCUGUGGGAUAUGAGUACUAUAACGCUUUGUGAAUUUCCCGAGGAAACACCGUGGACAUGUGAGGAGUUUUUAAGACACACACAGGAUAUCUGUACCAAGGGAGCUCAGUCAUUGCAAAGCAAGAGUAUGCUGGUAGAAGCAGCAACCAAUGAACUCAUUAAUAUGCUAUACAAUGUGGAUUCUGAUGAUGAAAAUUGCGCAGAAGAAAGCAAAGAAGUAAAAAUACAGAUGAAGUCCAGAGUAGUCCUUUCCCCAGAUGCUUGUUCAACCUCGGCAACCAACAUACUUCAAGAUCCUAACUUUCUGAAGCAAGAAGCAAAAGAAUUGCUCAAUCAUUUCAGCCAUCGCAACCUAGAAGCUCUAAUUAAAGUUAUCCGCAAUGCCCUGGAGCUGUUGAGAAAAUGUUUGCAAACUUUGUCCAUGGUCCAUCAUCAAGAUGUUGAAGCUGCCUCCCAGAAGCAAGUCUGCAGAUCAGUUCUCCGUGCUGACAUUUGCCUUGUCAUUCCUAAUAUUGAGCUGCAUCCCUGUCUGGAAGAAACCCAGAGUAUUUUGAAUAAAGUUUGUGACUGCAUUAUCAGUGUUUCCAAAGGGUUGUCUGUGUGGGGAAAGAAAAGGAUGACAACAAAAAAACUGAAUGCUCUAAGAAUGGCUGAACUAUGGAGAAGUGAUACACAGAGUGACCCUUUUAUUAAUGCUGCUGUAGGCACUGGUGAAGCUGAUCAACAAAGCGCAGAUACUGCUGCUGUUUACACACAGCCUAAUAAUUACUACAAAAUAAUUUCAGAAAACAAAGAGAUAAUUAAGCUAGUUUCUCUUAUUUCAUCAUCCAUCAUCUCAUUUAGAAGGGAAGUUUUGGAAAAAUUGAGCCACUACAACUGUAUCUGGAAGAAAGGUCGUGAAACAACUCUCAGAAUGUUUAUGAAAGAAAACCCUUCGCUCUCUGAACUUGAGCACCAAAUCAAAUUUUAUUGUAAUCUACAGGUCCAAAUUCAAGCUGAACCCAGAGUCAUUUGUAUGGGUCCUUUUGCACUGUAUACAGAUGAUUUGAAGAUAUCCUUGAUGGAAGAAUGCAGAAUCUGGAUGACUGGGUUUUCUCAAAGCUGUCAUGAAAAAUAUAGAACAAACUUGGAAAAUAUCUUGAUCUUCAUAGAAGAGACUUCAAAGAAAUUGAAUCGCCCAGUCAAUGAUCUGGAUGAUAUUAGAAUAAUUGUGAGUUCUUUGAAAGAGAUACGAGAAAAACAGAUUGAGAUUGAUUUACAAAUUGGACCCAUUGAGGAAUUCUUUGCCAUGCUGAAUAAGUAUGAGAUGCAAGUUGUUAAGGAGGAUUCUGACAGAGUGGAUACAUUGCGUUACACUUGGGAAAGACUUCUUGUGCAUGGAACAGAAGUACAGAAUCAUCUCAUUUCUUUACAACCUUCAUUCCGUGCUGAACUGAUCACCAAUGUUAAAACAUUUUUGGAAGAUUCUAAUACUUUCUUACAAGAUUAUGAAAAGGCAGGACCUAUGCAGUUUGGACUCUCUCCUCAAGAAGCUAAUGACCAAUUGGUUAUUUAUCAGAAUCGCUUCGAUAACCUCUAUUGCAAAUUUAUCACCUACACUGCUGGUGAGGGGCUCUUUGGGCUACCAGUUACACAGUGCCCUCAGCUGCUGGAGGUAAAAAAGGAACUGAAUCUUUUGCAGAAGCUUUAUAGCCUCUACAAUAAUGUGACCAACACAGUGAACAGCUACUUUGACAUCCUCUGGACUGAAGUGAAUGUAGAGAAGAUAAAUAAUGAGCUUCUGGAAUUUCAAAACAGGUGCCGCAAAUUGCCUCGAGGUUUAAAGGAAUGGCCAGCCUACCUUGAUUUAAAGCAGACAAUCGAUGACUUCAGUGAAAGCUGUCCUCUGUUGGAGAUGAUGUCUAAUAAGGCUAUGAUGCCUCGUCACUGGCAGAACAUUGGCCAAAUCAUGAACCAAGAGUUUGAUGUUGAAAGUGAAACAUUUAAGUUGUCCAACAUAAUGGAAGCACCACUGUUAAAGUACAAAGAAGAAAUUGAGGAUAUUUGCAUUAGUGCUGUGAAAGAAAAAGACAUUGAACAGAAGCUGAAACAGGUCUUAGCAGAGUGGGAUAAUCGGUACUUCACAUUUGCCAACUUCAAAUCACGUGGUGAGCUUCUUCUGCGUGGUGACAGCACAUCUGAGAUCAUCUCUUCUGCAGAGGAUAGUUUAAUGGUUCUUGGUUCCCUCCUGAAUAACAGGUACAAUGUUCCAUUUAAAGCACUUAUUCAAAAGUGGGUGCACAACCUGUCCUCCACAACAGAUAUCAUUGAGAGCUGGUUGACUGUACAAAACCUAUGGAUAUAUCUGGAAGCAGUGUUUGUGGGUGGAGACAUUGCUAAGCAGCUACCAAAGGAAGCAAAGAGGUUUUCCAAUACUGACAAGUCAUGGAUGAAGAUAAUGAGCCGUGCCCAUGAAGUUCCUAAUGUGGUUCAUUGUUGCAUGGGAGAUGAAGCUAUGGUCCGACUGCUACCACACCUGCUUGAGCAACUUGAAAUAUGUCAGAAAUCAUUAACUGGUUACCUGGAAAAGAAGCGUUUGAUUUUUCCAAGAUUCUUCUUUGUAUCCGAUCCCACUCUGCUGGAGGUCCUGGGCCAAGCAUCUGAUUCCCAUACCAUACAAGCUCAUUUGCUUAAUGUAUUUGACAAUAUUAAAUCAGUUCUGUUUAAUGAGAAGAUUUAUGAUCGCAUAUUGGCUGUAAUCUCCAGAGAGGGAGACACUAUUGAACUUGAUAAACCAGUUGUCACUGAAGGAAAUGUUGAGGUUUGGCUAAAUUCUCUACUGAUGGAGUCUCAAAGUUCUCUGCACAACAUUAUUCGGACUGCUGCCUAUAUAAUACAAGAGGAGCACUUUAACCUUAUUGAUUUCCUGAAUGCUUUCUGUGCUCAGGUUGGCCUUCUUGGCAUUCAGAUGAUUUGGACUAGAGAUGCACAAGAUGCCUUAAGACUUGCAAAAGCUGACCGCAAAAUUAUGCAGACAACAAACCAUUACUUUCUGGAAAUGCUUAAUAUACUGAUUGAUACAACAACCAAAGAUUUAGGUCAUAAUGAGCGUGUAAAAUAUGAAACUCUAAUCACCAUCCAUGUCCAUCAGAGAGACAUCUUUGAUGAGCUGUGUCGGUUGCGGAUAAAGUCUCCGACUGACUUUGAAUGGCUGAAACAGUGCCGGUUCUACUUUAAUGAAGAUACUGAUAAAAUGCAGAUAGCGAUUACCGAUGUGGAGUUUACUUAUCAAAAUGAGUUUUUGGGAUGCACCGAGAGACUAGUUAUCACCCCACUCACUGACAGAUGCUACAUCACUUUAGCACAGGCGAUUGGAAUGAAUAUGGGUGGUGCUCCCACAGGCCCAGCUGGCACAGGGAAGACUGAAACUGUCAAAGACAUGAGCAAAUGCCUAGGCAAGUACGUGGUGGUGUUCAACUGUUCAGACCAGAUGGACUUCCGAGGUCUUGGUCGAAUCUUCAAAGGACUCUCCCUGUCAGGGUCUUGGGGAUGCUUUGAUGAAUUUAAUCGGAUAGACCUGCCUGUACUUUCAGUGGCUGCUCAGCAAAUAGCCAUUGUACUGACUUGCAAGAAGGAGCGCAGAAAAAGCUUUGUAUUCACAGACAAUGACAUAUUAGAAAUGAACCCCGAGUUUGGCAUCUUUCUUACAAUGAAUCCAGGUUAUGCUGGGAGGCAGGAACUUCCUGAAAACCUCAAGAUUAAUUUUCGAUCAGUGGCAAUGAUGGUGCCUGAUCGUCAGAUCAUUAUCCGUGUCAAACUGGCAAGCUGUGGAUUUGUAGACAAUGUCAACCUUGCUUGCAAGUUCUUUGUGCUUUACAAAUUGUGUGAGGAGCAGCUUUCCAAACAGGUCCAUUAUGAUUUUGGACUCCGCAAUAUCUUGUCGGUUUUACGAACUCUGGGAGCCGUCAAGCGGACCAAGCCUGAAGAUACUGAAGCUACCAUAGUCAUGGGAGUUCUUCGAGACAUGAACCUCCCCAAGCUGAUUGAUGAGGAUGAACCACUGUUCCUUAGCUUGAUAGAGGAUUUGUUUCCUGGCAAUCAGUUGGAUAAGGCCAGAUACCCACAGUUUGAAGCAGCUAUUGACAAACAGAUUGAGGAUGCAGGUCUGGUGAAACAUGUACCCUGGAAACUGAAGGUUAUUCAGUUGUUUGAAACGCAGCGUGUUCGACAUGGUAUGAUGACAUUGGGCCCAAGUGGUGCUGGAAAGACAACUUGCAUUCACACUCUCAUGAAGGCUAUGACAGAAUGUGGUCAACCUCACAGAGAGAUGCGAAUGAACCCUAAAGCAAUUACAGCUGCUCAGAUGUUUGGUCAUUUAGAUGUAGCCACCAAUGACUGGACUGAUGGAAUAUUUUCAGCAUUGUGGAGAAAAACCCUCAGGGCCAAGAAAGGCGAACAUAUUUGGCUAGUACUGGAUGGUCCUGUUGAUGCUAUUUGGAUAGAAAAUCUUAAUUCAGUUCUUGAUGACAAUAAAACCCUUACUUUGGCAAAUGGAGACCGUAUUCCAAUGGCCUCAAGUUGCAAGAUAGUUUUUGAGCCCCAUAACAUUGACAAUGCUUCUCCUGCCACUGUUUCCAGGAAUGGGAUGGUAUACAUGAGUUCUUCUGUACUUGACUGGAAGCCUAUUUUGGAGCAUUGGUUAAUGUUACGUUCACAACAUGAAGCUGAAAUUCUCAAGAAGUUGUAUGCAACUGUCUUCCCAGAACUUUAUCGUUUUAGCAUACAGUCCUUAAAUCAAAAGAUGGAGACGCUUGAAGCCUUUGUCAUUAUGCAGAGUAUUAAUAUGUUACAAGGUCUCCUACCACCCAAGGAGCAGACUGGCGAGUUCGACCAACAGGUACUGGAACGGUUGUUUACCUUUGGCCUCAUGUGGAGUGUUGGUGCCACCCUAGAGCUGGAUGAUAGAAAACGGAUGGAAUAUUGGCUGAGAAAUCAAGCUUCUAUCAAAUUAGAUAUGCCAGAAAUGUCUUACCUUGGUGAAGAAUCAAUGUUUGACUACCUUGUAGACCCCAAUGGGAAUUGGAUACACUGGAACACACAGGUAGAAGAGUACAUUUAUCCAAUAGAUACCAUUCCAGAAUACGGAUCAAUUCUCGUGCCAAAUAUUGAUAACAUCAGGACUAAUUUUCUCAUUCAUAUUAUUGCUAAACAGCGCAAGGGUGUACUUUUAAUUGGUGAACAAGGAACUGCUAAGACGGUGAUCAUAAAAAGCUACCUAUCCAAAUACAACACUGAGACUCACCUGCCCAAAAGUCUUAAUUUUUCCUCAGCCACUACACCUCUACUGCUUCAGAGAACUAUUGAAAGUUAUGUGGACAAAAGGAUAGGAAACGUUUAUGGACCUCAAGCUGGAAAAGCAAUGACUGUGUUUAUUGAUGAUAUAAGCAUGCCUAUUAUUAAUGAGUGGGGUGAUCAGGUAACCAAUGAAAUCUUGAGGCAGCUGAUUGAACAGAGUGGAUUCUAUAACCUAGAGAAGCCAGGAGAGUUCACACAUAUUGUGGACGUGCAGUUUAUUGCUGCAAUGAUCCACCCUGGUGGAGGACGGAAUGAUAUUCCACAAAGGCUGAAAAGGCAUUUCUCCAUUUUUAAUUGUACAUUGUCUUCAAGCAUCUCCAUUGACAAAGUCUUUGGUGUGAUUGCAGGUGGACAUUUCUGCAGACAGCGUGGGUUUACUGAGGAGGUUAUGGGUCUGGCAGCUCAACUUGUUCCCAUCACACGCAAACUCUGGCAAAUUGUUAAAGUUAAGAUGCUUCCUACACCAGCCAAAUUUCAUUAUGUGUUCAAUUUACGAGACCUCUCCAGAAUCUGGCAGGGCAUGCUCAGCACUACAGCAGAGGUCAUUUGUUGCAAAGAGAUUCUUCUGAAGCUCUGGCGACACGAAUGGACCCGAGUGGUAGCUGAUCGCUUUACAAGCUCUGAGGACUGUGAAUGGUUUGGUAAAGCAUUGAUGAAUGUUGCUGCUGAAGAAUUUGGGGAAGAAGUGAGGAGUAUCAUCAAUACAGAUACUGAAACCUUCUUUGUAGAUUUCUUACGUGACCCACCCGAAGUCACAGGAGAGGAACCAGAGGACACUGAAUAUGAGAUGCCGAAAGUAUAUGAGGCUAUUGAAAAUUUGGAGAUCUUGAAAGAGAGACUGAAUCUGUUCAUGUUCUUAUACAAUGAGACUGUACGAGGGGGGCACCUGGACUUGGUCUUCUUUGAGGAUGCCAUAAUUCACCUGGUGAAGAUAUCUCGCAUCAUCAGAACACCUCGGGGUAAUGCUCUGCUUGUUGGUGUGGGUGGCUCAGGUAAACAGAGCAUUACGAGACUCACAUCAUUUAUUGCUGGGUACCAGACAUUCCACAUCACUCUCACCAGAUCAUACAGUACCUCAGACCUUCUGGAAGAUCUGAAGACUCUGUACAAAAUGGCUGGACAAGAAGGAAAUGGAGUAACCUUUAUUUUUACCGACAAUGAAAUCAAGGAUGAGGCUUUUCUGGAAUAUUUGAACAAUGUUCUCUCCUCUGGAGAGGUUUCCAACCUGUUUAAUCGAGAUGAAAUAGAUGAAAUUUGCAAUGAUCUUACACUUGCAAUGAAGCAGCAGUUUCCAAGGCGAUCUCCAACCAAUGAAAACCUGUUUGAUUAUUUCAUGAGUCGAGUACGGCAGAACUUGCAUGUGGUGCUUUGCUUUUCACCAGUUGGAGAAAAAUUCCGAAACCGAGCGUUAAAGUUCCCAGCACUUAUUUCUGGGUGUACCAUGGAUUGGUUUAGUCGCUGGCCAAAGGAUGCUCUAAUUGCAGUAUCUCAACACUUCUUGUCGACAUUUGAGAUUGAUUGCAGCUUAGACGUGAAGCAGCAAGUGGUAGGGUGCAUGGGUACCUUCCAUGACGGUGUUGCAGAGAAAUGUGUGUUGUACUUUGAAAGGUAUCGGCGUUCAACCCAUGUUACACCCAAGUCUUAUCUGUCCUUCAUUCAGAGCUACAAUACCGUGUACCAAGAAAAACAGAUGGAGCUGCAGUCCAUGGCCGACAGAAUGAAGACCGGUUUGCAGAAGUUGAAGGAAGCCUCAGAGUCUGUUGUGGCCCUUAGCAAAGAACUUGAAAUAAAAGAGAAAGAACUUAAAAUAGCCAAUGCCAAGGCUGACAUGGUUCUCAAAGUGGUGACUGUGAAGGCUCAGGCCUCAGAGAGAGUGAAAAUGGAAGUACAAAAGGUCAAAGACAGAGCCCAGGUGAUUGUGGACAGCAUAUCUGCAGACAAGGCAAUGGCUGAACAAAAACUUGAAGCUGCUAGACCUGCGUUGGAGGAAGCUAAGGCUGCCCUGCAGACAAUUAAACCAGCUGACAUAGCCUUAGUGCGAACACUUGGGCGGCCUCCUCAUUUGAUCAUGAGGAUAAUGGACUGUGUCCUGCUGCUGUUGCAAAGGAGGUUGAACCCAGUAAAACUUGAUGUGGAGAGGAACUGCAUUAUUCCGUCGUGGCAGGAAUCAUUGAAGCUAAUGGCUGGAAAUCCUCUACAAGCAUUACAGCAAUUUCCUAAAGAUACCAUCAAUGAGGAGACAGUUGAACUGCUCUGUCCCUAUUUUCAAAUGCCAGAUUAUAACAUUGAUGUGGCCAGACGAGUCUGUGGUAAUGUUGCUGGUCUUUGCUCCUGGACCCAAGCUAUGGCUUACUUCCAUGGGAUAAAUAAAGAAGUCUUGCCACUGAAGGCAAACCUUACUGUACAGGAAAGUCGCUUGGCCAUUGCCCUGGAGGAUCUGGAGAAGGCUCAGUGUGAGCUUGAUGCCAAACAGGCUGAGCUUGAUACAGUGCAGAUGGAAUAUGAACAAGCAAUGAGAGAGAAACAGACAUUACUGGAAGAUGCAGAACGCUGCCGGCAGAAGAUGCAAAUGGCUUCAAGUCUGAUUGAUGGUUUGUCAAAUGAGAAAGAGCGCUGGACUGAGCAAGGCAAAGAAUUUGCUGCUGAGGAGAAAAGACUUGUGGGUAAUGUUCUGCUGGCUACAGCCUUUCUGUCCUAUUCUGGUCCUUUCAACCAGGAAUUCAGGAACCAAUUGUUGAACAAAUGGCAGCAAGAAAUAAUAUCACGUAACAUUCCGUUCACCUCAAAUCUAAAUGUCUCGGAGAUGCUAAUUGAUGGGCCUACAAUUGGAGAGUGGAAUUUACAAGGCCUUCCUAAUGAUGACCUCUCAAUACAAAAUGGAAUCAUUGUUGCAAAGGCAGCUCGCUACCCUCUGUUGAUUGAUCCUCAGGCUCAGGGGAAGUCCUGGAUAAAGAACAAAGAAGCCAAAAAUGAACUUCAGGUAACAUCACUGAAUCAUAAAUAUUUUAGAAAUCAUUUGGAGGAUUGUCUUUCACUUGGAAGGCCAUUAUUAAUUGAAGAUGUUGGAGAAGAACUGGACCCAGCUCUAGACAAUGUCCUGGAAAAAAACUUCAUCAAAACUGGCUCUACACAUAAGGUAAAAAUAGGAGACAAGGAAAUAGAGGUCAUCAAUGGUUUCAAACUAUACCUCACCUCAAAAUUGGCAAAUCCUGCUUAUACUCCUGAAGUAAGUGCCUGCACUUCAGUUAUUGACUUCACUGUCACCAUUAAAGGUCUGGAGGAACAACUUUUGGGACGAACCAUUCUCACUGAGAAGCAGGAACUGGAGAGGGAGAGAACAAACCUGAUGGAGGAUGUGACUGCAAAUAAAAGGAAGAUGAAGGAGUUGGAAGAUAACCUCCUUUAUCGCUUAACAACCUCCCAGGGCUCCUUGGUGGAUGAUGAAAGCCUGAUCACUGUGCUCCGAAACACCAAACAGACAGCUGAAGAAGUGACAGAGAAGCUGAAGACAGCAGCGGAGACAGAAAUGCAGAUAAACAGUGCCAGAGAGGAGUACAGACCAGUUGCUACAAGAGGCAGUAUUCUUUAUUUCCUUAUUGUUGAGAUGAGCAUGGUGAAUGUGAUGUAUCAAACUUCUCUGAGGCAAUUCCUUGGGAUCUUCGACCUAUCAUUAGUCAGAUCUAUCAGAAGUCCAUUCACCAGCAAGAGAAUACUGAGCAUCAUUGAUUAUAUGACAUAUGAAGUCUAUGCAUAUACAGCUCGUGGACUGUAUGAACAACACAAAUUCCUUUUCACGCUACUGCUCACAUUGAAAAUUGAUAUGCAAUGCCACAAGGUUAAGCAUGAAGAAUUUUUCACUCUCAUUAAAGGUGGUGCCUCUCUGGACCUCAAAACCUGUCCCCAGAAACCUGCCAAAUGGAUACUUGAUAUGACUUGGCUUAAUCUAGUUGAACUUAGUAAACUCCACCAAUUCAGAGAUCUCCUUGUUCAGGUUGGUCGAAAUGAGAAGCAAUGGAAAAUCUGGUUUGAUAAAGAUGCCCCAGAAGAGGAAGUGUUUAUGCCUGAUGGUUACCAUGAAUCACUGGACUGCUUUCACAAACUCUUAUUAGUCCGAUCCUGGUGUCCAGACAGAACAAUUGCACAGGCUCAUAAAUAUAUCACUGACUCUAUGGGAAAGAGGUAUGUGGAAAGUGUCAACUUGGACCUUGAAAAGAGCUGGGAGGAAUCUGACCCUCGGACCCCUCUCAUUUGUUUCCUCGCCAUGGGAUCUGAUCCUACAGACCGCAUCAUUGCUCUUGGAAAGAGAUUGAAAAUUGAGACUCGAAGUGUGUCCAUGGGCCAGGGCCAAGAGACACAUGCACGCAGGUUGCUGCAGCAGGCCAUGUCAAAUGGAGGUUGGGCUUUACUGCAAAACUGCCACCUAGGACUGGAUUUCAUGGAUGAAUUGAUGGAUACAAUUACAGAAACUGAGACUGUUCAGGACUCAUUCCGACUGUGGAUAACUACUGAGGUCCAUAAGCACUUUCCUAUUACUCUACUGCAAAUGUCGAUAAAGUUUACCAAUGAACCACCUCAGGGAUUAAAAGCUGGAUUGAAACGCACUUAUUCAGGUAUCACGCAAGACCAGCUAGAGGUCAGCAACAUGUUGCACUGGAAAUUCAUGCUAUAUGCAGUAGCUUUCCUUCAUUCCACUGUGCAAGAAAGACGCAAGUUUGGACCUCUUGGAUGGAAUAUCCCUUACGAGUUCAAUCAAGCUGAUUUAAAUGCCACAAACCAGUUUCUGCAAAACCACCUUGAUGAUCUGGAUGGAAAAAAGGGUGUAUCAUGGAAUACAGUUCACUACAUGAUUGGAGAGAUCCAGUAUGGAGGACGUGUCACAGAUGAUUAUGAUAAGCGACUUUUAAACACACUUGCUAAAGUGUGGUUCAACGAAAAUAUGUUCAAACCAAAUUUCUGCUUUUACAAGGGUUACACCAUCCCGAACUGCACUACACCGGAACAAUAUAUACACCACAUUCAGAAUCUCCCAUCGUAUGACACACCAGAGGUCUUUGGCCUUCACCUGAAUGCUGAUAUCACUUAUCAAAGCAAGCUUGCCCAAGAUGUCCUGGAUACAAUUCUUAACAUCCAGCCAAAGGACAGCUCAUCAGGGGAAGGAGAAACACGGGAGACUAUCGUCUUGCAUAUAGCUAAUGACAUGUUGAUGAAAUUACCCCCUAAUUACAUAGCUUAUGAAGUCAAAAACAGGCUGGCAAAGAUGGGUGCUUUUCAGCCAAUGAACAUCUUCCUUCAUCAGGAAAUUGAUCGAAUGCAGAAAGUCAUUUUGUUGGUGCGCAGCACAUUAAUGGAUCUGAAACUGGCCAUUGAUGGUACAAUUAUUAUGAGUGAAAACUUGCAAGAUGCACUAGACUGCAUGCAUGAUGCCCAUGUACCAGUUAGGUGGCUAAAGGCAUCUUGGGCCUCAAGUACUCUGGGUUUCUGGUUCACCGAAUUAUUGGAAAGGGAUCGUCAGUUUCACUCUUGGAUAUUUGAAGGGAGGCCAAAUUGCUUCUGGAUGACAGGUUUCUUCAAUCCUCAAGGCUUUCUUACAGCCAUGAAACAGGAAGUAACACGAAUUCAUAAGGGUUGGGCUCUGGAUAAUGUAGUGCUUCACAGUGAAGUCACUAGACUAUCAAAGGAAGAUAUUCUACAAUCUCCUUCCGAGGGAGUCUAUGUCUUUGGCCUGCAUCUAGAAGGUGCUGGAUGGGAUCGGCGCAACCACAGAUUGACAGAAUCCAAACCAAAAGUUCUGUUUGAGGUGUUGCCUGCAAUUCAUAUCUCUGCUAUAAACCACCAUGAUUCUAAAGAUGUAAGGGUGUAUUCCUGCCCUGUCUAUAAAAAGCCAAUAAGAACUGAUCUGAAUUACAUUGCUGCUGUUGAUUUGAAAACAAGCCAGCCUCCUGAUCACUGGGUCCUGAGGGGUGUUGCAUUGCUCUGUGAUGUGAAGUAGAAUAUUUACUCAAUGAUAAAUAUCCAGAAGCAUGAAAAUGAAGAGGAAACAACACUGAUCGGACAUUAAUAGCUACAAACGAGUGUGGUUGUGUUUCAGUUGUCUAUUAUUCAGUUUUCAUUGAAAGAAACCUCACCAUUUCUGUGCUGCAACAAAAAUCCUUCACCUUUUAAAGCAGUCAUUAGUAAUGAUCAUGUAAAAUCAGGCUGAGUUUAGUUCAUCUAUAACAUAAUGAUUGUGCACCAAAAGCCACACAUUCUUCCACGUGAUCAUAAACUCUCAA